GGUAAUGUUUGAAGUGUAGAGCCUGUAAUUUAGUUUUUUUAAUUAGUUAUUUGGGGGUUUAAGAUAAAGUUUUAUUGUGUUGUUCUCUAGCUGUUGAUGGAGUUAUCAGAUCCAGGUGUUGAUGUGGCUGAAACCGAAGAGAAGGGUACUGAAAUAAUUGAGUUGGAAGCGGUUGAAACUGAAUUAAUUGAGGAUGGUUUGCUUAGUACUCCAGUCCGUGAUGUAGUGAAUUGUAUUGGGGACACCACAUCGACUCCUCUACGCUGUGUUAUGGAGACUGAUGAUGGUCAGUAUGAGGAUGUACUGGACCAUCCAGAAGCAGGUAUGGUUUUCAGUUCUUGGGAGGAAGCUGACAAAUUCUCCAGGAAGCAUGGGAAGCAGCGGGGAUUUGGUGUUUUCUAGGCAUCUAGGAAUUAGAAAACCCAUGAUGGGAAAACUGACAAGAGUAAGAGGCGGAGUUACAUAUGGAGGUGUGAAUGUGCAGGGAAGCCAGAUAUGCGGUGCCGUGUAAAUGGGAAGAGGGUUUAUGGUGGUGGAUUGUCUUUAGAAUUAAACUGAAGGAAGAUGAAGAAAUGUGGGUGUCCAGUGGAGAUGAGGGAAGCUUGUAGAGACGAUGGUUCUUGGGUAGUUAGGAAGGCUGUUGUAGAACAUCAAUAUCAUAAUCCGACUCCACGAAAGUCUCGAUAUAUUAAUGUAUUGACAAGAUGAAAUAACUACAGCUGUGAGGAGGAAGUUAUUUAAUGACUGUAAUGCCGGUAGCCAGGUAACACAGGUGCAUUGUAGUUUUGCAAAGGAGCAGGGUGGAGUGGAGAAUAUGGCCCUGCCAGAGAGGGAUUUACGUAAUGUAUUUGCUCGGGAGAAGAAGUUGAAAAUGAGUGGGGGUGAUGCAAAUGCGAUGCUUGUUUAUUUUGAUAAGAUGAGCUCUGAUAAUCAAAAUUUCUUCCAUAAGUACAUAUUAAACGAUGAGGGAAGGUUAUCAGAUGUGAUGUAGGUGAAUGCAAGGAGUAGGGUAGCGUAUGCAGAGUUUGGGGAUGUUGUUUGUUUCAACUCAACAUACGUUACUAACGAAUAUCAGAUGCCCUUUUUGAAUUUUGUUGGUGCAAAUCAUCAUGGCCAGACUUUAUUGUUAGGCUGUGCCCUUGUAUUCAUAAGGACACAUAUACGCUUGUUUGGCUUUUUAGUAACUGGCUUGAUUGCAUGGGUGGUCAGGUUCCUGGUGGUAUUUUAACCGAUCAGUGUGCUGCAAUGACGAAGGCUUUGAGUAUUGUUAUGCCAAGUGCCAAGCAGCGGUGGUGUUUAUGGCAUAUUCUGAAUAAAUUUGGGACGAAGCUGGGCAGCUAUUCUAAGUAUGAGGAGGUUAGUGAUGUGCUUCAGAAUGUUAUCUAUUAUAGCUUAAGUUAAGAGGAGUUUAAGGUAAAUUGGACCGUAGCAAUUGAGUCGUAUGGUCUUUGAAAGGACUAUUGGCUGGCAGGUUAGUUCUUUUGUAAAUGUGCUUCAUUAUUUUUUUUACUCGUUUGUUCGAGUUUGCAGAGAGAUAUUGUGAUGCCAUGGAAAAUAGGGUAAAUGCAGAGAAAGAAGCGGAUGCAAUUAGUGCCAUAAGAGUGAGGCAGCUUAUAACCGCCUUUGCAUAUGAGAAAGCGUUUCAGAAGGUGUACACUGAUGCUAAAUUCGAAGAGGUACAUGAGCAGGUUACAAGGCUUAUGUAUGUGAGUGUGGUAAAGAAAAGUAGUGGAGCAUGUUGUUGAAGAUAGAGUGUGGAAAUUUGUGAAAGAGUUGAAAAAGGAACUUCCAACCUCGAAGAAGAGAGUGUACACUGUCAUGUUUAACUCAGAAACUACUGAAGCAUCAUGUGAGUGCAAGCUUUUUGAGUGUCACGGGAUCAUGUGUAGGCAUCAGUUCAAGGUGUAUGAUGUAAAUAAUGUUACUGAAGUGCCAUCUAAGUACUUAGUUAGGCGUUGGCGAAAAGAUGUGCAUAGGCGCCAUACUCGUGUGAAGGUGGCAUACCAUGACCCUACCAAAACGGAAGAGGUGAAGCGGUAUGAUAAAAUAUUAACCCGCUUUGACAGUGUAUGCUUGAAGGUAGCCACUAGACCGAAAUUUGUUAGAAUGGCAUUUGAUGCUAUCUCAAAGCUUGAGAGUUGCUUGGAUGCUGCUAUAGAAAAGGCAGAAAAGGACCAAGAACAGGAGAAAGUAACCUCGGGUUUUGCAUCAUCUCCAUCUGUGAACAAUGUUUGUGGUGAUGAAUUUAGUAAUGAAGGUAGUAAUGAAGUUAGUCCAACAAUCAGCUGUGGUGUUGGGAACUCGAAUUUGUCUGUGGUCGGGCUUGAAGACAUUUUUGUCGACCUUCAAGUGGCUAGUGUUGAUAAGACUCCUCAAACAGUGCUGCAGACUCAUCAUAAUGUUACUCAGAAUGUGAGUACUUUAGUGAAUGAAGGUCCCCCCCCUGCUGGGGCAAAAUCCAGCCAAACACAAAAAGGAAUUGAACCGAAAUUGACCAAACCAAAAUUGACCGAACCGAAAUCAUCCGAACCGAAAUCAACCCGACCCAAAUUCAUCCGACCCGAAGUUACCCGGCUAAACCCAUUUUAAACCCGAACCAAAUAUAUCCGCACCGAAAGUGAAUCGAUUUGAAAUUGACCCGACCUGUAUCCGACCCAGACUCGAUAGACCAUGACCCGACCUGAAUUUGACCCUAUCCGAGUUAAAAGGAUAAUUUUGAUUCGAACAUAUCCGAUCCGAACAGACCCGAACCGAAUAGACCCGAUCCAAACUCCAUCCGAUUAUCCGAAUUGACACCUCUAAUCACGCCUCCUAUCUAUUGAGUUACAUGAUUUUUUGCAAGUUUCUAAGUGGUCCUCUGUUGUGACAGAGGCUAUAGCUCCUUUGCACCUUCUGAUAAUAGCAUUCCACUAGAAAAGAUUUAUCAUCUAAUUAGGAGGGUUAGUAUGUACUACCAGUUUGUAGUUUUGUGAUAGUGUUCUACCGAUAUAAGCCUUCGUUACAUAUUAUUUGCAACGAUUAGACAAUUGCAAAUAAUAUGUAACGGAGGUAGUAGUUAUCUUGUUUUUGUAUAUAGGGACCUUUAUGUAAAUGUGGUCAAAAUUGAUAUACCUACCCUACUUUUGUAUAACAGUGAAAUCUAUGGUCAAAAUUGAUAUAAUUACCUUA